AUGGCUCUAGACAGAGAGUUGAAAAGAUCCAGAGAGAGAAAGAGACGGAUAGAUGGAGAUAGACAGAUAGAGGUAGCUACCUGUCUGUGGUGUAUUUGUCUCAUUUAUCACUCAGCAGUAGGUCUGUUUUUGGGGGUAAUUUGAAGCUCACUACCUGUCUCAUCACUCCAUAGGAGGUGUGUGUGUGUGUGUGUGUGUGUGUGUGUGUCUCUGACUCCCUGUAGUGAUGUGUGCCCAUCCUGACAUGUAAUUUAACGUCUGUCAGUCGCUCAGUAUAAUGCCACUUUGUGCUUUAUGACUUGCCCAGGAAUACACACACGCACAAUGCUGAAACAUUUCACUGUCAUUAAAAUGCAGCUGUGUUAGUCUUUCUAUCAAACAUGGAAAAAAUAUCAAAUCAAAUCACAUUUUAUUUGUCACAUGCGCCGAAUACAACAGGUGUAGACCUUACAGUGAAAUGCGUACUUACAAGCACCUAACCAACAAUGCAGUUUUAAGAAAAAUAAGUGUUAAGUAAAAAAUAGAUAAUGAAAAAAAAAAAAAAUAACAAAUAAUUAAAGAGCAGCAGUAAAAUAACAGUAGCGAGGCUAUAUACAGGGGGUACCGGUACAGAGUCAAUGUGCGGGGGCACAGGUUAGUCGAGGUAAUUGAGGUAAUAUAAGUAAAUGUAGGUAGAGUUAAAGUGACUAUGCAUAGAUAAUAAACAGAGAGUAGCAGCAGCGUAAAAGAAGGGGUGGGGUGGGGUGGGGGGGGACGGACAAUGCAAAUAGACCAGGUAGCCAUUUGAUUAGCUGUUCAGGAGUCUUAUGGCUCCGGGGUAGAAGCUGUUAAGAAGCCUUUUGGACCUAGACUUGGCGCUCCGGUACCGCUUGUCGUGCAGUAGCAGAGAGAACAGUCUAUGACUAGGGUGGCUGGAGUCUUUGACAAUCUUUAGGGCCUUCCUCAGAGGGAAACAGAGGUACACACACACACACACACACACACUGAGGUAACAUGUGUGUCUAUUCAACAGCUCACUCACAAGAGUUCACGUUGGAUUUAUACCAAACACCAAUUGUAUAGGAAAGAGAGUGGUUGGGUAAAUUACGUUGUGUGUUUUGAGUCAUGCUCCCUGUAAAGCAGCCACUCUUCUGUGGGAAACUGAAUCAAUACUUUCACAUAAAACCUAAAGAGGUGAUUCAGGCAUCACAUCAUUCAUAGGCUUUUAUGGAGUACAGUACGCUGUGUGUGUCUGUGUGCGUGUGUGAGUGGGGCGGACUGAGUGCUAAAACAUGUCUGUGCUGGUAAUGAUCGAGGAGCUGACGGGAACCUCAGACUGCCCUGAUGCAAUUAGCCUCCUCAACCCUCUCUCUCACACACACACACACACACACACACACACACACACACACACACACAUACACCAGGGUAGGGCUUAAUUCAGAAUUGAAUUGAGAAUUCUUGAAUUGAAGUAGUAAACAGGAUACAGAAUUGCAAUUUGAAUUUGAAUUAAAGGAAAUACAAUUUAAUUAAGUGAAAUUAAAAUUCAAACGCCUUCAAUUCUAUAUUAGGUGUAGUCUAUACAAAUAGCGGUCUUGUACAAAAAAUAUCAAACAUGUCAUUAAAUACAUGCAUAUCAAAUAUUGUUGAAACAAUCUAUUUUCAGGACACUGUUAAAGUGAAUGAUUUUUACACUUUAGUCAUUUAGCAGACACCUUUAUCAAGAGCGACUUACAGGAUCAAUUAGGUUUAAGUUCCUUGCUAAAGGGCACAUCGACAUAUUUUUCACCUAGUUGGCUCGUGGAUUUGAACCAGCGACCUUUCGGUUACUGGCCCAACACUCUUAACCGCAAGUAUACCUGCUGCCCCAAGGAAAACAAAACCUGUAUACGAAUAUCCUAAGUUAUUAUGUUUCAUUACUCACUUACAUUUUGUUCAAUAUGGGGAAAAUACUUCAUUUCCCAAAAUACAUUAGUUUAACCCUCAGGUGAACCCUGAGCCCUUCAAAAUGAAGCCAAACAAAUGAAAUGGUUGAUGGAAAUAUAAUUGGCUAUUCUAAGCACUAAGGUCAAAAGAGUAUAUAUGAACAUUGUUUCCAAAAAGUUAUAUAUUAUUUGGUAUCUGGAAGUGUGACCUGUCAGGUUUAAUGAAAUUCAUGAGUGGAAUUGAUUUGAAUUGCACUGCACUGAAUUAAAUUAUACUUCCUGUCGCUCAAAUUCAAAUUCUACAUCAUGUGGGGUGUGCCAAUUGAAUUCUAACUUCAAUGGGAGUCCAAAAUUCUGAAUUGAGCCCAACCCUGACAUACACGAUGUAGAAUUCAGAUUUUUAAAAACAUUUUUAGUAAUUUAGCAGGCGCUCUUAUCCAGAGCGACUUACAGUUAGUGAGUGCAUACAUUUUCAUACUGGCCCCCCGUGGGAAACGAACCCACAACCCAUGCUCUACCAACUAAGUAUUCAGACCCCUUGACUUUUUCCACAUUUUGUUACAUUACAGCCUUAUUCUAAAAUUGAUUAAAUUGUUUUCCCCCUCAUCAAUCUACACACAAUAACCCCAUAAUGACAAAGCAAAAAAAGGUUUUAGACAUUUUUGCAAAUUUAAAAGAAAUAAAAAACUGAAAUAUCAGAUUUACAUAAGUAUUCAGACCCUUUACUCAGUACUUUGUUGAAGCACCUUUGGCAGCGAUUACAGCCUUGAGUCUUCUUGGGAUGACGCUACAAGCUUGGCACACCUGUAUUUGGGGAGUUUCUCCCAUUCUUCUCUGCAGGUCCUGUCAAGCUCUGUCAGGUUGGAUGGGGAGCGUCGCUGCACAGCUAUUUUCAGGUCUCUCCAGAGAUGUUUGAUAGGGUUCAAGUCUGAGCUCUGGCUGGGCUACUCAAGGACAUUCAGAGCCACUCCUGCGUUGUCUUGGCUGUGUGCUUAGGGUCAUUGUCCUGUUGGAAGGUGAACCUUCACCCCAGUCUGAGGUCCUGAGCGCUCUGGAGCAGGUUUUCAUCAAGGAUCUCUCUGUUCUGAUCUAUCUUUCCCUCGAUCCAGAAUAGUCUCCCAGUCCCUGCCGCUGAAAAACAUCCCCACAACAUGAUGCUGCCACCACCAUGCUUCACUGUAGGGAUGGUGCCAGGUUUCCUCCAGACGUGAUGCUUGGCAUUCAGGCCAAAUAGUUUAAUCUUGGUUUCAUCAGACCAGAGAAUCUGGUUUCUCAUGGUCUGAGAGUCUUUAGGUGCCUUUUGGCAAACUCCAAGCGGGCUGUCAUGUGCCUUUUACUGAGGAGUGGCUUCCGUUUGGCCACUCUACCAUAAAGGCCUGAUUGGUGGAGUGCUGCAGAGAUGGUUGUCCUUCUGAAAGGUUCUCCCAUCUCCACAGAGGAACUCUGGAGCUCUGUCAGAGUGACCAUCGGGUUCUUGGUCACCUCCCUGACCAAGGCCCUUCUCCCCCGAUUGCUCAGUUUGGCCGGGCGGCCAGCUCUAGGAAGAUUCUUGGUGGUUUCAAAUCUGUGCCUCGACACAAUCCUGUCUCGGAGCUCUACGGACAAUUCCUUCGACCUCAUGGCUCAGGUAUUUAGUUUUUUUUUUAAUACAUUUGUAAAAAAAAUCUUAUCUCAUCUAAAAACCUUUCUUUGCUUCAUCAUUAUGUGGUAUUGUGUGUAGAUUGAUGAGGAACAUUUUGAAUUUAAUCAAUUUUAAAAUAAGACUGUAACGUAACAAAAUGUGGAAAACGUCAAGGGGUUUGAAUACUUUCUGAAUGCACUGUACACAUACAUACACAUGCACACACUCGCACACACACACAGAGUAACGAGAGCUUAAUGUUACUGGGCCCAUAGACGCCAGGGAUUAUGGAAGCGCCCGCACAUGAAUCCAAUAACUACAUGUCUUUGAGAUCUGAGUGUGUGUGUCUGUGUGCGCAUGUGCUGGCACUCAGGUAGCCUAACGCAGGCAGUCUAACUCAGAGAACUUUGAUGGGGGUUUUACAGUUAAUUUACUGCAGUUCUACACAUUUUGCCAUGUGGCAUAGAGAAAAUGUUGCAGUUUUCAAAGCAAGUUUGCUGCAAUUCUACUCAUUUUGCAUGGGACGGAAAGAAAAAUGCGCAGUUUACAGCAAAUUUCCUGCAAUUCUACAGCUUUUUGCCAUAGGGUAGAGUGAAUGUUUGCAGUUUUGAAUAUGAUAUCUGAGUGAGAGUGACUUCCAAAAUCAAUGGGGGCCCUCCGGUCGGGGGUUUAGAUAGCUGGCCGCAAGACUAACUUACAAUCUAAAAUGUUUUUGCCGACAUGGGCUAUUGAAUGACUGUCAGUGACUUACAUAAUACUAGAAAAACUGCUGAUGCACGACCAAAUGUUGAAAUUGUGCCUUGUGUAGUGUUCUACUAUUCGGGUGGUGGAUGGGCGUAAGCCGCGAGCUCCGGCUCUGCGAGGGUCGCAUGUUCAAUCCCAGUGCUUUUUUCUCAAUUUUUUCUACCCUAUCCCAAACCUUAACCCAUAACUUAACCAUUCCUAUUGAAUGCCUAAACUUAACUGUCAAGUUGUUUCUGUUGUAAUUGUAACCCUAUCCCAAACUUAACCGUCGAAAUUCGACGUAUGGAGAAACUUCCAAAUUUGACGUUUGGAGAAACGUGGAUAAACUUCGGAAUCUGAAGUCAAAUAGGUACAACUUUGAGAUCUUGUUGAUAUAGCAGGGCCCAUAUGGUUCUGGUCAAAAGUAGUGCGCUAUAUAGGGAAUAGAGCGUUGUUUGGUACACAGUCCAGAUUGAUACAUACCACACACAGAGAUCAAACAUGGACACCCCAUUUCCCAGCUUCCUCUGUGGUCAGGUGCUCUCAAGUCAAAGACAGGCUGGAAAACUGGAAGCAAACCACACACACACAUUCCAAACCACAAACCAAUAUGCCAGACAUGUCACAGAAUCCAAGUCUGAAUUGAACGCCAGGCUGUGCUUUUCCAUCAGAAUAUCAUGUGUUAUUUUCCUCUGGUAAAUUGGCUGUGGUUGUAUGCAUUAUGAUGUUAUGCUAUGAGAAACGUCUGUCUGUGUGGAUCACUUCUCUAAUGGAUAUAGAAGAAUAGAGGAAAUGGCCUCUCUUCAUCCUAAUUGAAUUGAGCUGAUGAUGUAUCAGAGUCCAGUUCUAUCUGGUCUUCUCUCUGUGACUCAGCACGGAGGCAUCAUGCCCAUAGGGGGCACAGGGGAACAUGCCCCCCUCAGAUUUUUUGUUUCUCUGUAAUACUACUAGCCACCUAGCAAUUUUAUGAAGUUGGCUUUAGCUAGUCCAGAUAGGUUCCCAAUCUCCUAACCUCAUAACUAGCUACCAAGAAGCUAUUUCAGGCUACCAAUCAAGUUAGAGUAGCUUGGCUAACUAUUUUAGCUGGCAUGCCUGCUGGCAAGGUUGGUAGACUUUAGAAAAGCAAGCAAUAACUAAAUCUAUUGAAUAAGACUCACAUUCCUUUCAAUCUUUUAACCAGAUUUUAGCAAAGAUGCAUAAAAGCAUAUUUAGUUUCUUUGAAAAAAGAUUAUGGCUCUCAAUUGCAGGUAAAAGCUGUUUCAGGUGUUUGAAGAAUGCUAAAUUCUCCAUCUUCCGGACUGUGGGGACCUAGCCAUCCAUCCGGAUCACCCCCUAGCCACCCUCACGUACUUUGUUUUUUGGGGUGCAUUACACCCCUGACUCGGCAUGUUGUGAUUGGACCAAUUAGACUGGGCUGUGCUCACACUUCCUGGUUGUAAUGACCAAUUAUUGAAGACGAUCUCAUCCUAGGUUUUUGUCACUGAUGACAUCAUGUAAUGAUGGCAGGUUUGGAGUAGAAUUGUGGAUAGGGAGGUUUUAACGGCAGUCAGUAUGAUCAACAGGGUAGUUUGACAAUCUGUACUUUCAGUCUGUAGUGUUGUAUGUAUUGUGAACUGACAGACUUGUCCUCUUGAUCUCCUCUGCUCCUGUCACCCAGUCCUGUGUGUGUGUUUUGAGAAUGUCUCUAAGUGGCGCGUGACUUUCUUGCUGUGAGCAGAUAUCUGGGCUUAGUCUAUCUGACAUACCUCUGUCUGCCUCUCUCUCGCUCUCUCUCUCUCUCUUACUCUCUCUCUCUCUCGCUCUCUCUCUCUCUCUCUUACUCUCUCUCUCUCUCUCUCUCUCUCUCUCUCACUCUCACUCUCUCACUCUCAUACCUCCGUCAGCUCAGACACAUGAGCCCAAUUUCUGUUGCUCUUUAUUCCUUUCCCUUACUCUCACCUCAUUUUUCACUGGGGUCAUAGUUUAGAAAACAUUGUCAGUUGUUCUCUCUCUUAUCCCUGGUUCUCUCUCUCUCUCUCUCUCUCUCUCUCUCUCUCUCUCUCUCUCUCUCCUCUCUCUCCUCUCCUCUCUCUCUCUCUCUCUCAUACCUCCGUCAGCUCAGACACAUGAGCCCAACAGCCAGGGUUCAAACAGGAGGCACACACACGCACACACACAAGCAUUUCUUACUCUCUCUUUCUCUCGGUCUCUGCCUUUCUUUCAAUAGGGACAGAUCCUAUCUCUACACAGUAGGGGUCAUAUCAGUGUAUGUUUGUCUUUCACCCCUAUUAUUCCAAACAUGUGGCUAACCUCCAGCUUCUUAGCUCAUUGAAUUCCAUUUUCAAUUUACAAAUGGACUGUUCUUUCUUAGUUUCCAUGCCCAUGUGUGUUAUUGAAACACAACCCUCAUAUGACAAGGUCGAAUUACCUCCAAAUUACCAGAUACCAUGCCAAUUUUCUGUUGAGUGACCAAGUUACUGUGUGUGUUUUGUGUGCGUGGGAUUCUGCCUGCCUGUAUGCAUGUGUGUGUGCCCGUGCGUGUGUGUAUGUGAGUGAACCGUCACUGAGUAUUUGUCUGUCUCCAAUUAGCCCAGGUGACUUUUUUAAUCAGGAACCGGUUGUAGCUGAGAUAAUAUUUAGUCACGACCCCUCCACAGCCAUAGUAUCCUGCUGCCGGGCGGUCACUGUAUUUCACAGGGAUAAUGUUUAGACACCACCCUUCCACUGGUCUCUUGCAGCCAGGAUUAAGCCAGUACAAAUGACUGGAGGAAAUUAAACCUUGAAGCUUUGCUAUUAUUAUCCUAUAUAGCUCACCCGUUCCAUACGUUGUGUGUGUGUGUAUAUGUUUGUGGGUACCUGUGGGGAGGUGCUUUCUGAGUCUCUUUCUGGCACAAGGUCGUGCGUAGCUCUGGAGACCCUCCUGCCUCCUCCCCUCCUCUCUUCCUCCCCUCCUGCCUCCUCCCCUCCUCUCUUCCUCCCCUCCUCUCUUCCUCCCCUCCUGCCUACUCCCCUCCUGCCUCCUCCCCUCCUCUCUUCCUCCCCUCCUCUCUUCAGCCCCUCCUGCUUCUUACCCUCCUGCCUCCUUCCCUCCUGCCUCCUCCCCUCCUCUCUUCAUCCCCUCCUGCUUCCUCCCCUCCUGCCUCCUGCCCUCCUCUCUUCCUCCCCUCCUCUCUUCCCUCCUCCUGCCUCCUCCCCUCCUCUCUUCCUCCACUCCUGCCACCUUCCCUCCUGCUUCCUCCCCUCCUGCCUCCUCCCCUCCUCUCUUCCUCCCCUCCUCCUCUUGUCUUCCUCGUCCUUCUCUUUGUCUAAGCUAACCUCCAGCUGUUUGUAUUUGUCACCACUGGGCCCGUUCUCCUCUCUCUCACGCACACAGCGGCUCUUUUGUUCCAGUCCAUGUCAAAGGCGUCUCUGUAGGCUUGCGUGUAUAUGUGUGUGUGUAUUUGAAGACCGACUGGUUUGUUUCUCCACUGGGAAGAGAGGAGGAGAGAUGGAGGAGAGGGAGCCUUUCACAGGGGAGACGUUAAUCAGAUUGUGGUUUGUGGCGAGGCAUUGAGUGGGAGAAAUUAAUGAAACCUCCACAGCCUAGGAGGCUCUAGCCAUUCACAGAGCAGCGUUAGGUCACAGGGGGUUGAGAGGUGAAAGGUUAAGCCUAGAAAACAAAGAAUGGGUGGGGCUCUGCUUGUACCUCCUGGAACAGGUUCUGAGGUCACACCAGGGGAGAACGACUGCCCCCUCUGAUUGAAGCCACGGAAGUUCAAGGCAGACCGUGGUACUGCAGGCAUUGUUUGCAGAAAACAGGAUCCCCAAUUAUAGUGAAUGGAAAAAUGUUAAUCUUUGUGGUCAAUCAUCGUGUAAAUAAGUAAAACAUGUGAAGACAAUCAUGGUACCAACAAUUUCUUCUAAUACACCAGAUGUAUGUCCUUGAACAGAUGAUUAAAAAAAUCACAUACAAAAUAAGUUAUAAUGAUAAUUGAGUUGCUAAUGGAAGCCUGCAGUACCCCGGUCGGCCUUCAACUUGAGUUAAGGCAUCCGCAUGCUUCGGUUCAGCUGGCGCCUACCCGAACUCGGCUAGGUGAACGAGUGUGCUCGCAUACUCCCUUAAAAGACCUUCGCUUGAAAAACGAGAAAAAAGCGGCAAUAGUACUGUUUGUCCAUUUUGAGGCGCUGUAGCCAGUAUACACUUCCUCAAAAUAAUCAGAAUUAAUUUUAAGAUAACUCAAGAAAUCUGUCAAUAAUUGUUUAAUUUUUGUCGAAGAGAUACAUUUUACAUCUAACUAUGUUUGGUGCAGUAUUUCUCAAGUGAAAGAAAUUGCAUGAAAACGAGUCGUCUAUCAUUGAAUGACAACAAAAACUUGAAGAAUCCCUACUGUUGACCAAUUACUGGCGAAGGGGCCUAGACUUAGGCUACCGAAAUGUGGCUUGCCUGGAGAAAAUGUUUUGUGUGCACGAACAGCAUUAAAAAAAAACAUACAAAAAACGUCACUUCCUGGAGUAGCUCAAACGGCGCAUGUUAUGUCUCCAUGAGACGCCAUCUUAACCGACUUCAUUUGGUUUCAAAGCGCUAUUGAGGCUUCACAUAGGAAUGAUGUUGUGACGUGGUCAAUGGCUUUGUCCAUUCAUAUAUACAGUCAUUGGGUCACACUGAUGAAUACACAGACAAACACGCACACACAUGAAACACAUUUGAUACACACACACACGGUGGUGUGAUGCUGUGGUUUGAUGUCUAUGGAGUGGAUUGACAGUGUAUAGUAUGUGUGGUGAAUGUCCCACAGUGAUAGCAGGCAUCUCUUUGCUAGGCCCUUCUUGUUUGUCCCUCCCUGCUAGAUAAAUCAACAGCAUUGUCUGUGGAUGAGACAGUUUGUGUGUGCGUCUCACAAUCAGGCUUAGUAUACACUGCAAGCUGUUUUGGGGGUUUAUCCGUCUAAUCAAGAUACAUGUCAGACACACACACACACACACCACAUUAAGCAUCUCAAUCCCAGAGCAUGUUAUGAUUGUGAUAAAAGCAGAACAUUCUAGAGGAGAAGAGGGGAACAGAGAGUGAUAUAACAACAGAGGAACAUCACUCUGAGACAUCCACUAUCUCUGAGGUGACCCAGCUGUGACGUCAUCAGUACAGAUUGAUAUCAGACAGACAGCUGUGUUUCCCAGGCUCAAAGACCAACAGAGGAACAUGUGACUGACUGAGAAGAACCUUUCGUCUGGUUGUUCACUGUUGCUCAAACAUUCAAUGAAUUCUAUGAAUGCGUGAACACACACACACACACACAAACAAACACAAACACAGUGAGAGGCAUCCUGCUUACAUGUGAUCUAUAAUUCAAUAAAGUCACCUCCCCCUAUGUGGGAGGAAAUCUUGCUGAGAGGGGCCAGAGAAAGGAGAAGGUGGGGAGGGAUGGAUGGAGGUUGGAGGGGUAGUCAAAGAGAUUGACUAACAUUAAAGAUAGAAAUGGGGAAAGGGAGAAAGAGUGUAACCCUAGUACCUGGUGGUGCCAGAGAGCUUUUACGAGUCUGUGGUCAGACAGAAAUAAAAGGCAACGGAGCGACUGAAUGGUCAGUCACACACAAACACACACACAUGGUUGAAUGGCCUCUGAGAAAUCACUGUUAGGUUUUAUAAUGUCACAGUGAUUCCACGUCUCCAUCACCCAUAAUGCAGUGGGUCUGAACGAGCAUUCUGAGACACCGCUGGAAAGGAGGGAGGGAGGGAUGGGGGAAGCAGGGGAGAGACACACAGCUCAUUGAAAUGCCAAUGUGACUUAGGACCCAU